AUGGACAAGGUCAGGUCACGGCCAGGUCAUGGCCAGGUCAGAGAUAGAACCCCCAUGAACCCGUCGCCGCCGCCGUCGCGCCAGCAACUGCGGAAGGCGUUUCCCGGAUGCCGAUGCAGCAGCAAGCAUGGGAAGCAGCAGGAGGAGAGUAUGCAACAAGUCGCGAUAUCAUCUACCGGCUCGCCUCCAGGGGACGUAAAGAUGCAUAUACGGAAUCUCGCCUAUCGGAUCGACGGCGAUGUUCACGCACUCAAACAGAAGACAGCCAGGCAGGCUGAAAGAGCUGAUCAUGAUCUCCUCAAACUAGCUGGCUACGCGCACAUCCGGAUCGCUGCUUAG